GCAUCACUGUGAUCUGUCUGAAGAAAAUGUGGGCAUCAGGGACAACUUGCGCAUAGUCAUGCGCGAACAAGGGAGCCGCAUCCAGGGCUUCAGGGAUGUGCCUGUCAUUCUGUGGUCCCGACGCAGUAUCUCUGAUGAUGAGAACGAAAAGGAGGAUGAAGAAGACGUCUCGCAGAUAGGUUCCAGCAAUGCACAGCCACUGCCAGAGCAAGAUCGGAACAAAGGCUGGGCCCCAUCUGGUCACGAGGCACUUGUGCUGUUCGUGGUGAUUGCCUGUGUUGUGGUGCUCAUGCUGCCACUCGAGGGUGCACGUGACACCCGCAGCCACUCGCUGUUUGCGCACUUCCCUCUAAGCCACGAGCACAAGCUGUUUGCGGCCUACAUCCUUGGGCUAAUGACCACGCUCAUCGUUCGUUAGUAAGGUCUCCUCCUGGGCUCAAGGAUGGUCAAACAUCUUUAAACCGGAUCAGGUCGAUGUCAAGAAAGGCUCGACAUGGAAGUUGUGUGACCUGCUCGUCCUGAUGACGUUUUGUUUUCAUUAAAUAAAGU